UAGUUUAGAAAGAUUUAUGAUAUUUUUUACUCAGUAACAAUGAGGGGGAUAAUUCAUAUACGAUCGAUCAAUACUACUUACUACUACUACUGGAGAGUUAUAUGCUAUUGCUUACCCCCCAAUGGCUCCCUUCCCUGCUAUCAUGAUACUCUCUCCCAUGUGCCCCCUUCGUUGACUGGUGGUGGAGGUGACGUGACGGCAAGCAGUUAG